AGAGUGCAACUUCAAGUUUCUACUACUAGCUGCUGAAUCUGCACUGUACCUGAGGUACUCUUAACCUACAGACUGCAGUCCCCCUGCAGAAGGAGGCUCAACUUUGUUCUGAAGAUCUGGUGCCCAAUUGAAACUCUAUCUGGAAACAAUCGAAAACUAUCUUACUUCCUAAGUCCAUCAUUGUCUCUCUUUCUCAGUUUCUCUAUCUCCUUUUUUAUUCUAUGUAUUUAUUAUUUUUUGCCUUGAGCAGUGCACUAAUACUUGGAUACUCGAGGCUUCAAGACUGUUGUGGGGGAAGAAGCGAUGGUGCUGAUGUCUCCCUCGUUGCUCUGGCUUCUGAUGCUGUGUGGGCUUCAGAGUAUCUGGGCUCAGGACUAUGAUGAAGACUAUGAGGAGGAGGAGGUGGACACCAGAACCAAGAGCAAACUACUGACAACCAACACCAUCUCCAAAAAUGGACAGUCUCUUCUGGACGAGGACUGCAGCCUGGAGCUGGCCUUCCUGGUGGACAGCUCAGAGAGUGCCAAGGAAAACCACGCCAAGGAGAAGCGCUUCGCCUCCGACGUGAUGGACCGCCUGCAGGGUCUCCGUCUGCAGACUGGGCGUGGUUUGAACUCCAGGGCUGCCCUCCUGCAGUACAGCAGCCACGUCAUCAUCGAACAGACCUUCAAGCAGUGGAGGGGCACGGCGGAUUUUAAGGCCCGCGUCGCGCCUAUCGCCUAUAUCGGCCAUGGCACCUACACCACCUAUGCCAUCACCAACCUCACCCGGAUCUACCUGGAGGAGUCGGGACCAGCGAGCAUCAAGGUGGCCAUUCUGAUGACUGACGGCAUCUCACAUCCCAGAAACCCGGAUAUCUUUGCGGCCGUGGCGGACGCCAAGAACCAGGGCGUCCGCUUCUUUACAGUGGGAAUCACUCCAGACGCCAACCAGGAGUCCAAUGUAGCCCAGCUGAGACUCAUCGCCAACUCCCCCGCCUCGCGCUAUCUCCAUAACCUGCAGGACAAGACCAUUGUGGACAAGGUCAUCAAAGAAAUUACGGCGUUGGCAGAUGAAGGGUGUCCCUUGGAAAAGAAGUGUGCGUGUGAGAAGGGAGAGCGAGGACCGGGUGGCCCCGCAGGUAAAAAGGGUCGGCCUGGAGAAGAUGGAAGUCCAGGGGGAAAAGGGCAAAAGGGCGAGGCUGGGCUCAGUGGAAUUCCAGGUCGGGAGGGCUCAGAGGGAAAACCAGGCUACAAGGGAGAUACGGGCGAAAGAGGAGAAUGUGGCACACCUGGCAUCAAAGGAGACAGGGGUCCCGAAGGUCCAGUUGGAACGAGAGGAAUCCGAGGUCUACAGGGGUUACCUGGACCUAAUGGUGACAUAGGACCUGAGGGCCCUACAGGGAAAAAAGGUGAAAGGGGGAUUCCAGGGCCAUCUGGAAUUCAAGGGGAAACUGGGAUUGGCCUACCAGGACCAAAGGGGGAUGUUGGUUUCCAGGGACGACACGGCCCUCCAGGACCACCUGGUUUAGGAGAGCCAGGCCUGCCGGGCCCUCAAGGGCCACAGGGAGUUCAAGGAGAGAAAGGCCCCAUAGGCGAAGGUUUCCCUGGACCAAAGGGGGAACGGGGUCUGGAUGGGCAGAGAGGAACUAGAGGAAUGCCUGGUAGUGGAAUCAAGGGAGACAAGGGUGACUUUGGACCUCCUGGUUUUCCAGGUCCCUCUGGCCUGACAGGAGCUGGCAUUCAAGGAGAAAAGGGUGUAGAAGGGCCACGGGGUCCACCAGGGAUCAGAGGCCCACAAGGGGAAGGAUUUCCUGGAUCCAAGGGUGACCAGGGCUUGCCUGGGGAAGUGGGAGCAACAGGAGAUAGAGGGGCUGGCGAACCUGGGCCAAAGGGAGAACCAGGGUCAUCAGGAUUGUCUGGUUUCCCUGGACUUCCAGGAGAGGAUGGCGCCCCAGGGCAGAAGGGUGAGCCAGGUGCUUUUGGUCAGAGGGGGCCUGACGGAGCUCCUGGGAUUGGCACCCAGGGAGAGAAGGGAGACCAGGGUCAGAGGGGUAUACGAGGCUUAGCAGGGCCUCCAGGCAUUGCCGGGCCCUCUGGGGCGAAGGGGGAACCUGGGACUCCAGGUCGACUUGGUUUACCAGGAUUUCCUGGGCGGGGCAUCUUAGGGCCCAAGGGGGAUUCAGGUCCACCUGGUCCAUCCGGACCAGUUGGGGAGACAGGUUAUGGCCUUCCUGGUCCUAAGGGUGAUCGUGGUGAUUUAGGUCCAUCAGGUCCAUUUGGGCCCAAAGGGGAGGGCUAUCCUGGCCCUACAGGUCCCCCUGGCCUGCCUGGGCUUACUGGAGAACCAGGCCUGGAGGGACUGGGGAUUCCCGGACCAAAGGGAGAUGUUGGGUUCAGAGGGUUGCCAGGUUUGCCAGGACCUCCAGGUGAGGGUCUCCAAGGACCACCGGGCACCAUUGGAAGACCAGGACCACCAGGCCCUACAGGGCCUGCAGGACAGGGGUUACAAGGGCCUAAGGGUGAGCAGGGCUCCCAGGGAGUUACAGGUCCAAGGGGACUUCAGGGAGAAGGAUUCCCAGGGGUUAAGGGUGACCGGGGCUCUGGAGGGGAGAGGGGGUUGAAAGGGGUUAAAGGUGACAUGGGCGAUCCAGGAGUCUCUGGCGAAGCAGGACGGCAGGGAGUCAAAGGUGAAGCAGGGCUCACUAGGGAAGACAUCAUUCGAAUGAUCAAGGAGAUAUGUGGUUGUGGUAUCAAGUGCAAGGAGAGGCCCAUGGAACUGGUGUUUGUGAUCGACAGCUCAGAGAGCGUGGGCCCGGAGAACUUUGAGAUCAUCAAGGACUUUGUGACGGCGCUGGUGGACCGGGUCACCGUGGGCCGAAACGCAACCAGAAUCGGCCUGGUCCUUUACAGCCUGGAGGUCAAGCUGGAGUUCAACCUGGCCCGCCACAUAAACAAACAAGACGUGAAGCAGGCCAUCAGGAACAUCCCCUAUAUGGGAGAGGGGACCUACACAGGCACUGCCAUCCGCAAGGCCACCCAGGAAGCCUUCUUCAGCUCUCGCACUGGGGUCAGCAAGGUGGCCAUUGUCAUCACAGACGGACAGACGGACAAGCGGGAGCCUGUGAAGUUAGACAUCGCCGUGCGGGAGGCGCACGCCGCCAACAUCGAGAUGUACGCUCUGGGGAUUGUGAACACGUCAGACAUCACGCAGGUCGAGUUUCUGAGGGAGCUAAACCUGAUCGCAUCAGACCCUGAUGAAGAGCACAUGUUCCUCAUUGACGACUUCAACACUCCCCCAGCUCUGGAAUCCAAACUGGUCAGCCAGUUCUGUGAGGACGAACGUGGCGAGCUGAUAUACAACCGUAUCACUAACGGUUACGGAAACAACGGCUACAAGAACAACUUGAAUGGAAAAUAUUCCACUGGUAGCUAUGGUUACGAGACCACCAACCAGGGGGGAAUCCAAACUGGGCAGAGGACUGUCAACAGUGUUGGCAGUGGUGGCCAGAGCUAUGGAGGGAGAGAAGGGACAUCCCAAACUAUUAACUCUGCCACAGAUCAGAUAGGGCAGCGGGAGAGAGGACAUGAUGGGGGUGUCGCGACCUCUGACCUGGAGACUGGUGGCAGGGACACAUAUAACCUCAACACCUCGUCCUCUUCCAGACCUGGGAUUCCCAGUAGGGAGACAUUGUCCUCCAAUACAGGAGGCUCAUCCUCCACAUCAACCUCAUCUUCAUCCUCAGGAACAGUCCAGUAUGUGCCAGCACCACGGCCAGCCCUUCCCCAAGAGUUUGUACCCCUGGACCCUCGUUGUGCCCUGAUCCUGGACCAGGGUCCUUGCCGAGACUACAACAUCCGCUGGUACUAUGACAAACAGGCCAACGCCUGCGCCCAGUUUUGGUAUGGGGGCUGUGAAGGCAACAAGAACCGCUUUGACACGGAGGAAGAGUGCAAGAGAAUGUGUGUACUAGCCAGAGCCACAGGUACCUAAAGGUGCAUUUCUCCGUCCGCCAGCAUCUUAGCGUACAAUUAGUUUCUGUUUAGGAUUUUCAUAUUCAUCAUGUAUUAAAUGUAUUUUUUACUUGAUUUUUAUUUUUAUUUUUGUAUAGAUGGCUAAAAGAGAGCUUCUAUUAACACGUUUGUUGUUAUCAUGUUGAUUGUGGUUGAAGUUAGCCUAAAGCUCAGUCAGCAUGGCGAGAGGUGGAGCACACCUGUAAUAUUGGACUGUUCCAGAUUUGCCAUUCUCUAAACCUGAAAUGACUCUCCUCCCAACUUCUAGCACUUACUGUCCUGUCACUGCUCUCAUUCAUGUACAGCCGUGGCCAAAAGCAUUGGGAGCGACAUACAUUUUGUGUUUGCAAAGCUUGCUGGGCCUUGGCAUAAAAUGACUGCUAAUGUAAUUUCAGUCAUAUCAUCAGCACAGGGAAAAGUGUGAAAUCACUCUAUCAUUCUGAUUGGAUUUUAAGAGCAGACUGCUCUAAAAGAGGGGACUAUUUGCAUAUAUUGAAAAUCUUCGCCCCAAAAAAGCUUUAACAAAUAUGAAAUGUGCCUUAUUGUGAUUCCCGUAUUCUAAAAAAACGUGCAAACAUUUUCCUCAAAUACUGAACUGCAAAACACAACAUUUGUCAUUGCCAAAACUUAUGGCCACGACUGUAGUUAAUCCUGACAAGAUACCUCCAUUCUUAUUGUUGUUUUGUCACAUAAAAGAAUAGAGCAUCAUACUUAAUACUGGGGCAUUUACUCUCACUCAGGUAUGUAGAUACGAGUUCAGGACAGCUUAUUCUGUUAGGGUGAGUUUUUUUAAUGGCUUUACAGAGAUCUUGUGAGCAUCAUGUUUGUGCUGUGAAGUCUUUGCAAACUGUCUCUUGACCAUUGGUGUGCUGCUGUAUAUCUAUCUAACAUUUCUAAGAAAGUCAUAUACAAAACAGUAGCACUGGUAUGUAUUUUGCUCAUAUAACCAAGAGUACCUCUUAUGUACGUCAAUGUAGAGUUGACCAACACCAAUAACCACUAAUAUGGUUUAUUUAACUGAGCCCUUCUAACAAUGAAAUGCACCUUUACAUGUGCCGUUCAUAUUUAGGUGAUACAUGACUUUUCUGUAUUUUUAGUUAGUGAAAACAUCUACACCUUCAAACAUGAUACAUGGAUACGCACUUUUGAUUAUUAAAGUCUACAGCAAGGAUUUACUUUAUUGUUUUGAAAAAAAGUACAUUGGAGAUAGAACUCUAUAACUGCUAUCAUGUUUUUUAAGACUUUCCUCGAUUUUUUGUUUUCAAAAGCCAUGUGUAAUGUAAACUGAGGCUCCUGGUAUAUUAGAUCUUCAGCUGUGAAUUGCAGUACAUGUAGUUAUCAUGUUUUAGAUCUUAACUAUUUACCACAAGUGGGACCAAAGUUCUGUAACUUGUUUUUGCAUUUGAUUGUGUUUUUGAUUUAUAUUUUCUUAAUUAACGGGGAGUCAGGUGGCUGAGUGGUGAGGGAAUCGGGCUAGUAAUCCGAUGGUUGCCAGUUCGAUUCCCGGUCAUGCAAACUGACGUUGUGUCCUUGGGCAAGGCACUUCACCCUACUUGCCUCGGGGGAAUGUCCCUGUACUUACUGUAAGUCGCUCUGGAUAAGAGUGUCUGCUAAAUGACUAAAUGUAAAUUAAAAUAUGAUGUGUUAUUACUG